AUGCCCACCCCUCAGCUCGAAAUCCCAGGUGAUUGUUACUGGGAUCUUGUUUUUCAUUACAAAAACCCCGAUAAUGUCACAGUCGAGCGCACCGAGAUCGUCAGAUGGUCCCGGAAGGUUUCCAAAUCUGCUUUUAAAGAGCAGACAGAGGAGAUCGCGUCGAAAUUGGCAACUGAACACAAAGCAGGUCUUGAAGCGGGUGGAAGCUACAGUAUCGUCAGUGCCUCUGUCAGAGCAGAGACGGGAAUCUCGGCGGAGAUCAAUUCGACAAUUUCCAAGGUCUCAAGGAUUGAAGCCCAUGAGGAAUUAGAGGAGUCAGGAGAGAGUCAGCACACUUACAGGCUAGGCCCAGGUUCGUCAUAUAGUCUCUACCAAAGGGUAUUCUAUGCUCCUGGAGUCAUUGUGAAAACGCAGACAUACAGUGGUGGGCCGGGGGAAGAGGUGCCAGGCCCCAAAAUCCACGUUCCAAUCACCUGCGACCUAAGGCCUAACAAGUUCCUUUCGGAUAUCGAGGCAAGUUACCUGCCUCCUUCACUGUAA